GAUGACCUCAGAACGGCGUGUUAAAGAGAGAGAGAGAGAGAGAGAGAGCGCUCUGAAUAUAGCGUGUUGUGUAGCUCGUGGUCACACGUGUCGAGUGAAAUGAGCAGACAUACGUGUCCGAACGGAAAGCAGGACAGGACCUCAGCAGUGGUCGGUAUGGGAGCUCGUAUCCGCCGGUAUUCAGACGUCAUGGCUCUACCCGACUCGUUUGUUCAGAAGCAGCAGCUGGAUGCGUCGAUGGCCGACACGUUCCUGGAGCAUCUGUGUCUGCUGGACAUCGAUCAGGAGCCCAUCACAGCACGCAACACCAGCAUCAUCUGCACCAUCGGCCCCGCCUCCCGAUCCAUCACUAAACUCCAGGAAAUGAUCAAAGCUGGAAUGAACAUCGCCAGACUGAACUUCUCUCAUGGAUCUCAUGAGUAUCAUGGCGAGUCGAUCCGUAACAUCCGUGAGGCUGUGAAGACGAUGACCUCUGACCCCCUGUACUACAGGCCCGUGGCCAUCGCCCUAGAUACCAAAGGACCUGAGAUCCGCACGGGACUGGUGAAAGGGUGUGCAGACGCUGAGGUGACAUUAGAGCGAGGAGCUUCAGUUCGGGUUGUGACUGCAGAGUCAGAUUGUGAUAAUACAGACGCGUCAGUUAUCUGGAUGGAUUACCCCACACUGCCCCGUGUGGUGAAGACAGGAAGCAGAAUAUACAUCGAUGAUGGCCUACUCGCUCUCAAAGUCCUGCAGAUAGGUGACACAUGGGUGGAGACUCGUGUUGAGAACGGCGGCACUCUAGGCAGUUGUAAAGGUGUCAAUCUUCCGGGGGCGGAGCUUUUGAACCUGCCAGCGGUGAGCAAGCGUGACCGAUCCGACCUUCUGUUCGGCGUGGAACAGGGCGUUGACAUGGUCUUCGCUUCCUUCAUCCGCUCGGCCGAGGACGUGCAGGCGGUGAGAGACGCGCUCGGACACAACGGCAAAAACAUCAAAGUCAUCAGUAAAGUGGAGAGCAGACAGGGCGUUCAGAAUUUUGAAGAGAUCUUGAAGGAGAGCGAUGGCGUUAUGGUCGCCCGCGGGGAUCUGGGCAUCGAGAUUCCGGCAGAGAAAGUCUUCAUCGCGCAGAAGAUGAUGAUCGGACGCUGUAAUUCAGCAGGGAAACCUGUGAUCUGUGCCACACAGAUGUUGGAGAGUAUGGUGAAGCACCCGCGGCCGACGCGUGCAGAGAGCAGUGAUGUGGCUAAUGCCGUGUUAGACGGAGCCGACUGUGUGAUGCUCUCUGGAGAGACCGCUAAAGGACACUUCCCUGUAGAAGCCGUCGCUAUGAUGCACUCGAUCUGUCGUGAGGCGGAGGCCGCCAUCUUUCAUCAGCAGUUGUUUGAAGAAUUGCGUCGUUUGACCCCUCUGAGCUCUGACCCCACAGAGGUCACGGCCAUUGGUGCAGUGGAGUCAUCCUUCAAGUGCUGCGCUGGAGCCAUCAUCGUCCUGACAACCUCCGGGAGAUCAGCUCAUUUAUUAUCUCGAUAUCGUCCCCGCUGUCCAAUUAUCGCCGUGACGCGGAAUGAUCAGGUCGCCCGCCAAACGCAGCUGCUGCGCGGUGUUUUCCCCGCCCUCUUCCAAGCUCCGCCUUUCGAAGUCUGGGCCGAUGACGUAGACAUCCGAGUGACUUUUGCCAUGGACAUCGGUAAAGCACGUGGGUUUUUUAAACCGGGUGACAUGGUGAUCGUGGUGACCGGUUGGAGUCCCGGCUCAGGUCACACCAACAUCAUGAGGGCGGUCACUGUGCCCUGAUUGGUCCGAGUUGUCUGAUUGAUAGUCAGAUGGACCACUGAACCUCUGACUCCGUUAUCUGCUAAUUAACUUAGACUUGUUUACUCAAUGACAAUGACCGCAUGGACUCAUCAGUUCUUGCAUGGCUCUUCUCCCACGGUGUCAAUGUUCUGUUGUGGUUGUGUUAAAUUUGGAUCCAUCAUAUGUUCCCACUGCAAUAAAUACCAAACGGCCAUAUGUGCUGUUGUUUAUUUUCCUGUAAUGAAAACUGUUAAUUACAUUCACACGGCAUCUCAUGAAAGGAAUUCACCCGUCAAGAGAGAGUCACAGCCGAGUGUCGUCUCUCAUCACCGACUGCAA